AUGCUUUUGGAGUACUUUGGCGGCCGUCAGUUCGGCGGUCAAGGUUUUUCCAAGUCUGCACGCGGCACCUUCCUGAGGCGCUCGUACGACCAUGUACUGCUCCAUAGGCUUAGCUUAGCCGGGAUAGAUGCCGAGACAAGCUACCUCGAUGCACUCAUCGAGUCCGAACCCAAACACCAAGGUGCUCCGGUUAUGCAACCACUGAACACGGUCAUACAAUCCUCUGUCAUAGGUUUUCUCCAAACCAUAGGGGAUAUUGAAAUGCUCGCCAUUGAAAUACUCGAACCAGCGGUCAUUGGCAAGCUGUUCCUCUACAUUGGUUGGACCUGCAAAACAAGUUGUUGCGGUCCCUUCACUCCAUCAUAUCUGCCUCAACUGUCUUACGCCUACAACGGAAACCCGCCUCCUGAGGAUCGGAGUGCAGAAGGCUCACAGGAAUCCGCCAAAAGGACUUACACUAUCAACUCCCUGCUGGCACAAACCAUCAUAGAUGGUAUUGCGGUCCCGCGGAAUCGUCCUGUGAUGCAGCACUGGUUAGAUUUUGUGUUGAUGCAGUUCCAACCUGCCCUUCAGAGCGUCAUUUCUCCUAUCGCUGAUUGUCUUUCUCGACAUCUACGCUUGCUCCUCUUACAUGCACUGAAGGCAAACCAGCCAAUGGCUAACGAGAAGUAUCCUCGGGUUGCAACUGAUGCUGAGUUCGUCAUACUCAAUGCGCUCGAGCGGUUACUUGUGCUUGGCUUGACUCACUUGACUCAGUCAGAUGUCAAUUCACAAGAGGACGACACUCCAGUUCAGGAAAAAUCUGGAGCUGAGUCGGGAGUGUGGGUCGACAUGGUGUGGCAUGACACCAUCGGCCUGCGGCCAGAGGCGUAUUCGUUGUCUCUCAUUUAUAACGGACUCAUACUCGUCGUCGAAGAGCCCUGGAGCACCUAUUCCGCUCUCACCCAACAGAAGUGUUGGAGUCUGUCAUUAAAUGCUGGUAUCAUGCCUGCGAAAGGUGUCUUUGGCCUCGUCGAUGUCUUGAUUGCUAAUGCACAAAGUGCGGUGCAUAUGAUCUGCGACAGUAUAACUGUACGUAUUCGAACACCUCGGAACGCAGUAGGAGAUCUGCAAAUGCAAAUCUAUCCGAAAUCGUCUUAUUCAAAUUCUUGGAACAAUAUUUGCAACGCCUUGAAGGACCCCUGGCUCUUCAAGUAUGAGGAUCGAUUUAUGCAGCUUGCGAAGGACUUGGCGUCAGGUCGAGAUUUCAAGACCCAGGUCUUCUUGGCGUUGAAGUGGUUAUGCGUUUUAGGCGAUAAAGUCACUCAGACCACUGCCAUAGACGACAAGCGCAUCAGGAAAAAUCUCCAGGUCCGGGACUUUUAA